GCAAUUCCUCAUGAAUUUCAUCUAUACUUGAAUACCAUGUUUAGUGAACCAAUGAAAUGGAAAAAAGUUACCUAUAAAAAUCCACUUAAUCCCGAAACUCUUGACAGCUUUCGGUUCGCGACGGCAUGCCUAGCUUCACAUCCGUCAUACUAUCUGGAUUUGCUCUUCUUGAUCUCUUGUAAAAGCUUGGGAUCCCGGCACCUCAGAAAUAAACACCAAAAACAUGAGAGACUAUUCGAAUAACGCAUCGAGUCCUAAAUAUGGCGGUACGGAUCAAGUUAGCGAGACCCCCAAGACGGGAGUUGGAACACAAAGCAAUUUCAGUCAAGAAGAAGGAGAAUCCGCUUAUCAAACUAAUGAUGCGCGCCGUCAAAUUGGCCCCAUUUCCGCCAUUUUCUUGAUCUUCAAUCGCAUGAUCGGAACCGGAAUCUUCUCGACCCCAAGUACCAUUGUUGCACUUUCCGGAUCUGUUGGGCUAGCACUAUUUAUCUGGGUUGCAGGUAUGCUGAUUGCAGCAGCUGGUCUUGCAACAUAUAUGGAAUUUGGUACCGGACUUCCACGAAACGGUGGCGAAAAGAACUAUCUCGAAUAUGUAUUCCGAAAGCCUAAGUUUCUCGUCACUAGUAUGUAUGCUAUGUAUGUAGUACUACUCGGUUGGGCGGGUUCGAAUUCCGUGGUAUUUGGGGAGUAUAUUUUGAGUGCCGCCGAAGUUGAGGUAACUCGUUGGAAUCAACGUGGAGUAGGAUUGGCCUGUAUCACAGCCGCUUUCUUGAUCCAUGGGUUUUCUGUAAAAUGGGGAUUGAGACUUCAAAAUCUUUUGGGUGUUAUCAAGCUUCUAAUUCUUCUCCUGAUCAUCAUCUCGGGCUUUGUUGCGCUUGGUGGCCAUCUCAGAAUCGAGAAGCCAAACAAUUUUACCAAUGCUUUUGAGGGAACGACUGGUAGCGCCUACGGAGUUGUCACAGCUCUGUACAACGUCAUCUGGAGUUAUAUCGGCUAUAGCAAUGCCAAUUAUGCACUUUCCGAAACCAAAAAUCCGGUCAGAACACUCAAGAUGGCCGCGCCUACAGCUCUCGCUAUAGUCGGCGUGCUUUAUAUGCUUGCAAACAUUGCAUAUUUUGCCGCUGUACCAAAGGAGGAAAUCAUGACUUCGGGUCGUAUUUUGGCUGCUUCAUUUUUCAGAAACAUGUUUGGAUCCCGUGCCGAACGUGUAUUGUCUGUUUUCGUUGCCCUUUCAGCAUUUGGGAAUGUCCUGAGUGUCAUAUUCUCCCAAGGCAGAAUUGUACAAGAAAUUGGCCGAGAAGGAAUCUUGCCAUUCUCCCGACUUUGGGCAAGUAACAAGCCUUUUAACACACCAUUCAUGGGCCUUUUCGAACAUUGGCUGGUGUCUGUGAUCAUUAUGUUAGCUCCUCCACCUGGAGAUGCUUACAACUUUAUUCUGAAUGUUAUCUCAUACCCACUUGCGGUAGUAAACGUCUUUGUAUCUCUAGCUUUGCUUAUCCUUUAUGCUCGACCAUUCGCAGCUGAUCGCCAUCCACAACAUUGGGCCCCGCCUUUCCGUGCUACUUGGCCUGUGGUUUUAUUCUUCCUUCUCUCGAAUGUCUACCUUGUCGUUGCACCAUUUGUUCCACCCGAUGAGGGACAAAAUGUAUACGAGAGUUUGCCAUAUUACCUUCAUUGUGUUGUGGGUAUUGCAUUCUUCGGCGCGGGAGCUAUUUACUGGUUGAUUUGGGCUCAAAUACUACCCAGAAUUGGUGGAUAUAAACUCGUUCGAGAGAAUAUCGUUACUGAUGAUGGAUGGAGUGGAAGUGUCUUCAGAAGGGUCAAAUCAGAAUAGAUAACGAGAAGCAAUUGGGCUGACAAGGGAGCAACGGAGUACAAAUUAUUGGUAUCAACACUUUAUAAGAAUAAUGGUAAUAACAACAACAAAUUCAACAUGUAAUAGAAAGUAAACAAUUGAGGUUCUGAUGAUCGUUGUUGUUAUCGAUGUAUUACUAGUUGUGUAAAUAAGGCUGAAAUGUUAGAUCCA